UCAGGAACGGAUGGUGAAGUUUACAAUCACUGCCUAUUAGAAGCACAAAUUUAGCCAACAGAAAUAAUUCCAGGGGAGAACUAGGAUCAGUGAAGCCUGGAGAGAAACCUGGAAUAUUUCUAGUUUGCUGCUGAAACUUAUAGAGAAGAUUCGUGAAAGAGCUGGGAAUCGAAACCAGGCUGAAGAUACCAGCGAGACUGCGUCGCGUGUCCUUUGAGCCUGCGGUCUGGAGACGUCCUUUGGACUCCGGAAUGUGUGUGAAUCAUUUCAGUGAGGUUUUUAUCAGCUCUACACCGGCUGUAAAUAUUGAUCUGAUUUCCUCAUUCCACAGAGACAGUAGGGCAUGGAGGCAAGCCUCGUCUCUCUCUCUCUCUGCCCCACCGGAAUACCGUCGUCUCUUCAGAAUGAUCUGCAAACUUGAGCAGUGUGCUGGUGGAGCAGGAUUUUAAGAUUAAUUUCGCCUUUUGGACAAACUUACUACUCCGUCUAUUAUUUACACAGAAAACUGUUUACUUCCCGGGUGCUCAUGGAUACCAUUCUUAUGGUUAUUCUGUAAUUCCACAAUGGAGAUCUUUCUUAAGGAAAACACCACAGGACAAGGAGAUGGGAAGAACAUUUCAGGACCCACUGAUAUCGAGCGAGUCCUGGUUCCCAUAUUUGACACCUUCAUCCUGGUGACAGGAACGGUGGGACACAUUCUGGUCAUCAUCAUCAUCUUGCGAACGAUGAGAAAAGCACGUGGAACGAGCAACGGUAACGCGAACGGUACGGAUAUUCUCCUUCUGAGUUUGAGCUUGGCGGAUAUUCUCCUUCUGUCCUGCGUACCCUAUCACACUGUCGCCAUAGCGACCCGCCACUGGCCAUUUGGAAGCUUCAUGUGCAAAGCAGUGAGUUUUCUGGGAGCAGCGUGUACCGCUGCUAGCGCCUUCACGCUAGCCACUCUGGCGUCCAGUCGCUAUGUUAUCGUGGUUCACGCAGCCAGAGCAUACCGCUGGCGCAGGAGCGGGGGGAUCAAACUCAUCGCCGGAGUUCUGUGGGUUCCGGCGAUCGUCUUAGCGAUUCCUCAGCUCACCUGGAGGACGCUCAUGUCUGGGACAGAACUGCGCUACACCAGGCAGGAUUUAAUUUGUUUCAACUUCCUGUCUGACUCGGAUCAGGUAGCGUAUGGAGUCUGCCACUUUUUGUUCGCCUUUCUGCUUCCUCUGGUAGUCAUCAUGCUCGCUUACGGCCGGAUCUAUCACUUUCUGUACACGACCAGACGGAACCGUGACACAAACCAGACGGAGCGCUUAGAACAAUACCAGACACAAGUGACCCACACGUCGGUUCUGCUGGUCUUGGCGUUCGUUCUGUGCUGGCUGCCAUCCUAUGGACUAAUGCUGGUCCAGCUCGGGUACCAAUCCACUGUGACUGGGCCUCUGCCAAGAUUCGGACCUUUUGCCACCUUUGCCCGCAUCAUGGCCACAUCCUCGACCGUCGUAAACCCCGUCCUGUACGUCUUCAUGUCGCAGAAAUUCAGGAAGGAACUUAAGGAACUUGUGGGGAAACGGUUGUGUUAGAGCAACAUCCCUCAGAACCCUCUUAAGCUGCUAACUGUUUUGCUGAGUGUAAAUGUUCUUACAGGUUCUGCAGGUAAAGUGAAGUGUAUCAUGCAGUUCUUCUCUUCUUUUCCUGACUUUAUACACUCCUCCAGUACCACUGCACUGAUCUCCUCAUCAAACACAAGCAGAACUCACACUGUUUUAAGCCUCCUAUAGAAACUCCACAGACUCCUCAGGUCAAACAUCACACCUUCACCAGAUCACCAGGAAACAAUAAAGGCUUCACAUUUCA